GACGGCGUGGAGGGCAACCCGGGCCUGCUGUACGUGCAGUACAGCCGCAACCGCAACGUGGAGGGCGCCGCCUUCUGCUGGCUCGUCGGCUGCUACUCGCUGCUCAUCGUGCUGGGCGCCGCCGGCAACUCGCUCGUCGUCUGCGCCGUGGUGCGCAAGCGCGCCAUGCGCACCGCGCGCAACCUCUUCAUCGUCAACCUGGCCGUCUCCGACCUGCUGCUCUGCCUCGUCACCAUGCCGCUCACGCUCAUGGAGAUCCUCACCAAGUACUGGCCGCUCGGCCGCGAGCCCGUCGUCUGCAAGAUGCUCGGCACCCUGCAGGCGACGAGCAUCUUCGUGUCGACGAUGAGCAUCACGGCGAUCGCCCUGGACCGCUACCACGUGAUCGUGUACCCGACGCGCGAGAGCCUCAAGAAGGUGGGCGCGGCGGCCAUCCUGUCCCUCAUCUGGCUGCUGUCGCUGGUGCUGGCGUCGCCCAUGUUCGUGUGGCGCUCGCUGGACCAGCACGAGCUCAACCUGCCGGGCCUCCAGUACGUCUCCUACUGCGUCGAGAAGUGGCCCGUGGCGCACGGCCGCGCCUACUACUCUGCUUUCUCGCUCGUUUUCCAGUACCUGCUGCCCAUCAUCACCGUCACCAUCGCCUACUCGCGCAUCUGCAGGAAGCUCCGCUACAGGUACGUGAAUCCCGCCUCGAUGGUGUCGCGGUGCGGCAGCGCGCCGGGCACGUCUGCAGCGAACGGACGGGGUGCCGGGGGCGGCGCUGGAGGCGCUGCUGGGGGCGGCGGAGGCGGGCUGCAGUACGCGGCGUCGACGCGCGCCCGCAAGGGCAAGGACGACCGGCGCAUGCGGCGCACCAACGCCCUGCUCUACUCCAUCGCGCUCAUCUUCUGCGUCAGCUGGCUGCCGCUCAACAUCUUUAACCUCGUCGUGGACGUGUGGAACCCGUUCAGCGGGUCGCAGGCGAUGCUGGUGACGUACGCGGUGUGCCACAUGAUGGGCAUGUCGUCGGCGUGCUCCAACCCGCUGCUGUACGGCUGGCUCAACGACAACUUCCGCAAGGAGUUCCUGGAGAUCGCUGCGGCGCUUUGCCCGUGCGCGCCCGCCGCCCAGGCCGCUGUGCGCGAGCGCGUCGGCUCGCUGCGCUCCAGCCUCGCCGGCCGGGGGCGGCGCGGAGGCGGGGCGCCAGGCAGCUGCGGCCGGAAGACAGCCGCAGCUGCCUGGAUGCGCGGGGGCCCACGUGCGACGCCUCUCCACAGCCCGACACCGAACUCACGCUGCUCACCAGGGCCUCCACCGAAGGCGGCUUCUAAAGAUGGCGCGGGAGUCCUCCUUCAACGCAGCUGCAUCACGUGCUUCACCUGUUCACCGGCUGGAGUGAAGCGUUCCCCACGACGCUUAAAGAAGACAAUUACGAGGAUCUGCGCACCAGUGCGGGUGGAGAAUUACACUUUUAUUGGCACGCGGUUUGUUUUAGCGCUGCGGCCUUCCAGCUUCUUGGUCCGUUCCCGAAACACUGCAGUGUGCCAUUUGUCGCCUCGAGUAGCCAUUUCGAGGAGACUUGAUGGCAAAUUGUUCGGCUGCUCCACGCUUGAGCGCGGACCUUUUGAUUGUUUCUGCUUUAUGGGUGCUACAAAGGUUGUAAAAUUUAGUGCUCACUGGAACGCCGCACUUGCAGCUUUACCACGGUAGUUUCGAAUACUUUUUCGGAAGCGUCAUCAGGCGUUUACUGAGGUGCGAAACGCAACCGACGGCGAAACUCUGCUGGUUACGGCCCGCUGCGCUCGUCAAAUAUUCGCUCGAUUACAGUGAGCGCAGAAGGGGCCACAGCUCCUUUAUUCUCGUCUACGUCAUUUCGCUCUUUGACCCGUCACGGAUUCUCACUUUUGAUAGACUCCGAACCAUUGGCAGUAGUGAACUUCAGAGACAUUCUUCGCCACAUACCUUCUCAGUCACAGGGAGUCGAGCACAUUUUCUACUGUGCAGAAUUCCUUACGAAUUGAACAGUAAAUUUUGCUUCCAGCCCACUUAGCUACAUUUUCUCAUUGUACAUGUUUGUAUGCCGCGAAACUACUGACACGGCGUAAUGGUGUUUCUUGAUGUCUUAGGUGUAUCCCAAUUUUCUCUGCAGUGAUUUCCUAUGAUUCACUUUCGAGUGUGUAAAGUGGUACCACGUGUGAGGCCCCACCUCGCUGUCGUGAAGUGUCAUCUGCUCGACGUCAUUGUUCGCCGGGCAGCCACGCACCGGUCGGAACAGAGCCCUCAGACAUUUUUCCGACUCGUCUGCUUUCGGCUGCCCGUAAAGUAUUUUUUUUUUCCUAUCUCGAUGUGAAUGUAACCAGUGUUCCAAAACAUUUGUAUUGACCAACUUACUCUGCCAAAGCCUGUAAUAUUGCGUUGCUAUAAAUGGAAAACUCGAUGUAACUAUUUUAAUGUAAUCUAUUUUAAUA